AUAUUUUAUAUAUCCAUUCUUGUUUUCUUUCACCAAAAAAACAUGACUCUUCCACUACUUUUUUUCACACUAUCUCUUCUUUUGGGCCAAUCAAUUUCUGACCCUGACCCACUUCAAGAUUAUUGCAUUGCAGACAACAAAAACACAUUUUUCACAAAUGGGCUACCAUGCAUGGACCCAAAACAAGCCACAUCAUCUCAUUUUGCAACAUCCUCAUUAUCAAAGCCCGGUAACACGACAAACAUGUUCGGUUUCAAUGUCACGCCAACAAGCCCGGUUAACCUACCCGGGCUCAACACAUUGGGCCUAACAUUAGUCCGUGUCGAUAUAGCGGGUAAUGGAAUCGUGCCACCGCAUUCUCACCCACGGGCCUCGGAAGUUACCACAUGUUUAAAAGGGCUUUUACUCGUGGGCUUUGUCGAUACAUCUAAUCGGGCUUUUACGCAGAAUUUAAGCCCGGGUGAAUCGUUUGUUUUUCCGAAAGGGCUUGUGCAUUUUUUGUAUAACCGUGACUCUAAGGAACCAGCAAUAGCAAUCUCUGGGCUUAAUAGUCAGAAUCCAGGUGCACAAAUUGCUUCAAUUGCAUCAUUUGCUAGUAAACCUUUUAUUCCUAAUGAAAUACUUAAGAAGGCUUUUCAAAUUAGUGGUCAAGAUGUUGAAAUGAUUAGGAGGAAACUUGGUGGAUGAUGAUAUUCAAUUAAUCUUAUAUGCAUUUAAUUGUUUUUUUUUUAAUAUUUGAAAAUAUAUAUUUUGGAUUUUUAGGUGGGUGCAUGAUUAUGAUAGAUUUGUAUUUUUUAAAUUUAUAAAAGAAAGAGACAUAUAAACCGUUGUAUUAUAUUAAUACUACAUGUUUAAUUCAAUAAUAUAAAGUAAUUAGACUGUUGAUCCAACUUUUGUAUUGGAUAUUAUUGUGGGGUGAAGAAAUAAGCUUGUUCUCUUUCUACC